CCCCCUCCCCCCAUCAUAGCGACGGACCGACACCACCGACCACCGACCACUGGCCACCGACUGUCGCACCCCCCACCAAAGCACCCCAGACGCCGCCCACAAUGCUGGACACGUUCGAGAUCGUCACAGCGUCCGGCAUUGUCCUCUGGUCGCGCACAUAUGUUCCCGUCGGGGCACACGUGAUCAACAGCUUAAUCCGCGACGUCUUCAUCGAGGAGCACACACUGCCGCAGUCCGAGGACAGCGGGUCGAAGCCCACAUACAAGAAAGACGGCUAUACAGUAAAAUGGACACAGGCAAAAGACCUCGGCCUCGUAUUCGUCGCCGUCUACCAGAGUCUCGUCCACCUGACGUGGAUCGACAAGCUGCUCGACAAUGUGCGCGCACUCUUCGUGGGCCUCUACGGCGAGCAGCUGAAGACGGAGCUGAGCAGUGUGGUCAACUGCGACAGGUUUGGCUCCUACUUCGACAGGCAGAUGCAGGAGCUCGAAGGCCAGAGCGACUCCAGCGCGCCGGGCAUCAAGAUCACCACACCGGACUCCAGCAUCGACAACGAUAGUGCCGAGGAGAGCGGGCCGGCAGCAGGCCUGCAGAAGCCACCGCAGCGAGCACUGUUCGAUACGAGCGCCGACUCGACACCCGUACAGACCCCAGACACCUCGCGGCCGACCACGCCGGCGAGCCGCAUCCUGGCAGGAAAGGCGAGGCCGGCGGGCGCACGCAUGUCGCGCAGAGACAGGAAGAAGGCGUCUGGCAGCCCUGCACCAGCGUCGUCAGGCGACGAGGCUUCGGCAAAGCGCAAGGGGAAGAGCGCCAAGAAGAACCGGACUUGGGGCGAGCUAGGCGCAGAAGAGGAGGACGGAGACAUGGUGCUCGACUACUCGCAGUCCGACAUCCGUGGCGGCGCGGCAGAGGUCGAGCAGCUCGAGGAGAUCCACCAGGACACGUGGGGCCGCAAGACAACCAGGGGCGAGUUCGUGCUCAAGGACCUCGACGAGGAGAUGGACGCCAUCAUCCAGGAGCAAAACGCAAAGAAGGACACGGCGGCAGCAGCGGCAGCAACAGCGGCAGCAGGCGGCAUCGUCGGAUCAAGCUUGGGCGCAAUAGGGGGAUACUUCAGGAACGUCGUAGGCGGAAAGACACUCACUAAAGAAGACCUCGCCAAGUCCCUCAAGGCCAUGGAAGAGCACCUCCUCCGCAAGAACGUCGCGCGCGAAGCCGCCGUCCGCCUUUGCGAAUCCGUCGAGCGCGAUCUCGUCGGCAUGAAAACGCCCUCCUUCACCACGAUCGAAUCCACCCUCCGCACCUCCAUGGAAAAGGCACUCACCCGCAUCCUCACACCCACCUCCUCCCUCGACCUCCUCCGCGAAAUCUCCACCAUCAACUCGUCCCGGUCCCGUCCCUACGUCCUCUCCAUCGUCGGCGUGAACGGCGUCGGCAAAUCGACAAACCUCUCCAAGAUCGCCUUCUUCCUGCUGCAAAACCACCACCGCGUGCUCAUCGCCGCGGCCGACACAUUCCGCUCUGGCGCCGUCGAGCAACUGCGCGUGCACGUACGCAAUCUACAAGAACUCUCGAAACGCGAAGGCGGCAGCGUCGACCUCUUCGAGAAGGGGUACGGCAAAGACGCCGCCAACAUCGCCGCCGACGCCGUCGUCUACGCCGAGAAGCACCACUUCAACGUCGUGUUGAUCGACACCGCCGGCCGACGACACAACGAUCAGCGGCUCAUGUCGUCGCUGGAGAAAUUCGGAAAGCUCGCUAACCCGGACAAAAUCCUCAUGGUCGGCGAAGCGCUCGUCGGCACCGACAGCGUUGCGCAGGCGCGGAAUUUCAACGCGAGUUUCGGCGCGGGGAGGAAGUUGGAUGGCUUCAUCAUCUCCAAGACGGAUACGGUGGGGGAUAUGGUGGGCACGUUGGUGAGUAUGGUGCAUGCGACGGGGAUCCCGGUCGUGUUUUUGGGCACGGGACAGCAUUACAGUGAUUUGAGGAACUUGAAUGUGGGCGUUAUCACGAGGUUGCUGAUGUCGUGAGGAGACGACAAGGUGAUGGGUGGAUGGAGGGAUGUGUAACGUUGUUGUAUUCCAAAUGUAUAAUAGACUUGAGUCUGCGUUGCUGCUGUUCAACAAGGGCCUGAAGAGUACGAUCUACGUUGAGC